AUGAGCCACACGUUGGCGCUUCAUGUCACUUUGGUGUUAACUGCUGCUGCUGCUGCUGCUGUGGCUGACAACAGCACAAAUGGCUCUCACCAUUACAAGCUGAUCAUUGGUUUCCAGGCUCCCUGGAACAUGUCCUUCCCCUUCAGCGCCCAGCGCCUGGGCUCGGCCAUUCAGAUCGCCGUGGAGAAGGUGAACACCAAUCCUGCCUUCGUGGGAAACUUCUCUCUGGACUUUGUGUUCACGGACACAGACUGUAAUCCCAAACUGUCCCUGGGAGGAUUCAUCCACCAGGUGUGGAAGGAGAACGUGUCCGCACUGUUCGGUCCAGCUUGUCCAGGAGAGGCCGAGGUGACUGGUCUCAUCGCCUCGGCGUGGAACAUCCCCAUGUUCGGGUUUGUGGGUCAAUCGUCCAAAAUCGACGACAGGGGCAUCUACGACUCCUACAUCAAAAUCGUGCCCCCUCUGAAAAGAAGCUCAGAGGUGCUGGUGAAGACGUUGGAGUUCUUUGGCUGGAGUCACGUGGCGAUGAUCGGAGGUGGGCUGGAAUCGAACACCUGGGACAAAGUGGACGCCCUGUGGAAAACGGUGGAGGAUCCACUGAGAGACAAAUUCAAACUGAUGGAAGCCGUCCAGUUCGACACCAGCAACCCGCAGCUGGUCACAAGGAACAUCAAGUACAUCUCAACAGUGGCCAGAGUGAUCGUGGUGCUGUCCAACAGAGAGGACUCCACGGCCCUGCUGCUGGAGGCCGAGCGCCAGGGGCUCAUGAAAGGAGACUACGUCUUCUUCCUGGUGCAGCACUUUGAGGAUAACUUGUGGAAAAAUUCCCUGAACAGCACAAUGAGCCAACACUCACGGAGAGCUUUUGACAUGGCCUUUAUAAUCGGCCAGAAAUCCUACGAAGGCUACGAGUACAACGACUUCUUUGAGCAGGUGUUCCAAAGACUGAAGGGAAACCCGUUCAGGAGCAACCUGACAUCUGCAAGGGAGGUGAGCCCCUACUCGGCCUACCUGCACGACGCAGUGCUUCUCUACGCGAUGGGGCUGAAGGACACCAUCAAGGACAGGAAGGACCCUCAUGACGGACGGCAGCUGCUGCAGAGGCUGAAGAAUAAAAACAACAUUCGAUUUUACGGUGCGUCCGGACUUGUCCACUUUGACGAGGAGGGGGAGAGAAAUCUGGACUAUUCCAUUUAUGACCUGCAGUACACAGGAGACCGCAUCAAGUUUGUGCCCAUUCUGAAUUUUGACAGUGAAACCAAAACCAUCCGGCCAACUUCCCUGUUUGCCUCCGUGGUUUGGCCCAAAGGCCGGGUUCCCUCAGACAAACCAGAGUGUGGCUUCAACAACGAAUUCUGUGAAUGGCUGAACAACGACAUCGCCCUGCUGGCCCUGCUGGUGACCUUCCCCGUCAUCGGGGUUCUGGGAGUUCUGUGCAUCGGGUUCCUCAGUCUGCAGAAGAUCCGGCUCCAGACGCGGCUGGACGACUCCUGCUGGUGGCUCAUCGACUACAGCGACAUCACCAUCAUCAGGGAGCUCUCUGGAAAUCAGGCUUUAUCCCUGACGACCACGGGCAGCCAGAGUGGCAGCGGAGGCUCUAAGUCGAUUUUCUCCAGCAACAGCUACGGCCUGAUGGACAAGACGGGGAGAGAACACAUCUACACCACCAUAGGGCUCUACCAGGGGAAUCAAGUGGCCAUCAAGUACAUCAAGAACCCUGUGAGCUGCAAUCUCCAGAAACCUUCAGUUAUCAGAGAGUUCAGUGAGAUGAAGGAGAUGAAACACGAGAACCUGGUGCAGUUCUUCGGGGCGUGCAUCGAGCCGCCCAACGUGUGCUUGAUCAUGCAGUACUGCAAGAAAGGCAGUCUGAAGGAUGUUUUAAAGACUUCAGAUGUUGAGCUGGACGGGAUGUUUAAACUCUCCUUUGCUUAUGACAUUGUAAAUGGAAUGGAGUUCAUCCACAAGAGCAGCCUGCAAUUUCAUGGAAACCUGAGGCCCAGCACGUGUCUGGUAGACAGUCGACUGCAGAUCAAACUCUCCGGCUUCGGAUUGUCGGAGUUUAAAAACAACAUCAUGCCCGUGGAGACGGUCAAUUAUGAAGAGAUGUACUGGACCGCCCCCGAGCUCCUGAUACAAGUCGGCCUCCAGAGCAACGGGACGCCCAAAGGUGACGUCUACAGCUUCUCCAUCAUCAUGUGGGAACUCAUGUACAACUCAAAGACCGGUCCAUACCCUGACGUCAACCUGGAGCCCAAAGAGGUUAUCAUGCAGUUACGGACGCCUUUCGAAGGGGAGCCCCUGAGACCAUGGCUCUCUGACGAGCUGUGUGACUCGAGCAUCAACUCGCUGCUCCGCGCCUGCUGGAGUGAGAACGCUGACCACCGACCACCGUUUGGCUCGAUACGCAGACAGCUGAGGGACACCAGCCCGGAGAGUCACACAAAUAUCCUGGACAACAUGGUGGAUAAGUUGGAGAAGUAUGCAAAUCACUUGGAGGAUGUGGUGGAGGAGAGGACAAAUCAGCUGACAGCAGAGAAGGCCCGCGCAGACAAGCUUCUCUCCAGCAUGUUGCCAAGGUACAUUGCAGACCAGCUGAUGGCCGGGAAGUCGGUGGCGCCGCAGAGCUACGAGAUGGUCACCAUCUUCUUCUCCGACAUUGUGGGUUUCACCUCCAUGUGCUCCGUCAGCUCCGCGAUGGAGGUGGUCACGUUACUCAACGACCUCUACAGCCUCUUCGACGACAUCAUCAAGAUGUACGAUGUCUACAAAGUGGAAACGAUAGGCGAUGCGUACAUGGUGGCCAGCGGGCUGCCCAUCAGCAACGGCUUCACGCACGCUUUGGAGAUCUGCACGAUGGCGCUGCACUUCCUGAGCGCCAUCAAGGUCUUCAGGAUCCAUCACAUGCCCACAGAGAGACUCGCCAUCCGCAUCGGGAUACACUCCGGUCCGGUGGUUGCAGGAGUGGUCGGCAACACCAUGCCUCGCUACUGUCUGUUUGGAGACACGGUGAACAUGGCGUCUCGGAUGGAGAGUAACAGCCUACCCCUGAUGAUUCACAUAUCUCAGUGCACUGCAGACAUCCUGUUCCAGGUGGGAUCGUUUGAGAUGGAGGAAAGAGGAGAAAUCGAAAUGAAGGGAAAAGGGUGUCACAAGACCUACUGGCUGCUGAGCAAGAAGGACUUUGACCCUCCUCUCUUUGCUCAUGGCUCUCCACCAGCUGAGGGUUUCAAACUACACCCCGAGAAACCAUGUGUGACCAGGUCCACUGAGAAAAGGGUCCACAAGAUCCUGAACAAAGCUCACAUGACGGACGUCGAGACUCCCACGGUGCACAUCUUAGGAACGAGCCGAGGUUCCGACCAGAAUUUGGAGACAUUUUGCAGGAAUGUCCAGAAAUGACGAUCCCAUUGGGUUCACUUGCAAAAGAGUGUUUCCUCCACUUGUGAAGAGGACGGGUGAGAGAAGGUGGAGCGAGACUGAAACGCUGAGGUCGUGGGAAGCAAACCGAGCCUGGGUCACAGAACUAGUAGCUUGAGACCCGAGUGGAAGAUGAUUUAUGAUCUUGUUUCUAUGGGUAAAGUUACACAUCUACCCUUUCAUAUAGGAUCAUUUAAUGUCAUGCUACUAUAAGUAGUCUACUUAUGCAAUUGGUCAGGUAACCAAAGCACGGAGUCAAGCCGUUUUAACGAAACUUUGUGAUAAUAUCCAUCACCCAAUUCAGCACAGUUUCGGUUUAGCACAUUUCUACUUCCACUGAAGACACAAUUUCAUUUUCCCAAGUCCUGAUUCUUAUGAUAAUCUACAUUUAUGACUUUUUUCUCCAUAUAUGAUGACUUGUUCCCCCUUUGAUCGUGCCUACUUCACCAUCGUAGUUUGGAAACCACAGACGAUGAAUUCAUGUUAAUUGAUGUGAGCCAAACGGAUCUAAAAACAUAUCACAAAUGAGCUCAUACCUCCAUCAAUCAAGCCACAUUAAACUGCACUCAUACAUAGAUAUCAGUCCUCUCAAUGUGGCUGUUUGUUUUCAUCAAGAUCCAUAAAUGAUUCCCUUGGAAAUUAGUCAAAAUGUCAACAAUAAAUAAACCCACAUCUCACAUUGUUAAAAAUAGUGAUUUUAAAACUUUCCCUUUGUCUGGAUCUAACACAAAAUGUAAUGUUUUCUUUUAUUGAUCCUUGUUCCAGACCAAUAAAUCCCUUGAUAAUCUGUUCAGUGCUUCUUUACUUAAUCCUUUUGACCAUC